CAUUAUAUUUUGUCCUCCAGAUCAUGGCCCAUUUAAACCUGCACUUCGGUUUUCUGUUAGCCAGACAAAGGAAUAGUGGGCUCAGUAGGUUAAAUUAAAUGAUUGUGGAGUGUUGACGGCAGUCAUGCAACAACCAGACUGUGUUUAAAAAAAUUCUGUUUCACUGAAAUGUUUUGGGGGUAAAUGUGCCAUUGCUAGUCUUUACCAAAACGUGACGAUUAAAUGUCAGUCUGACCAGUAUCACCCGCAGCCCAGAAAUAAACGUGUUUUUUUUAAAAAAAAGCAUUUCCCUCUCGGGCUCGCUGUUAAAGUUCUGUCAGGGUCCAUCGAAGCGGCUUGAAGACUGCACCGGCCGCUAAGUAAAUAGACGCGGUUGCUGGUGAGUGUUUCAAAUGACAGCGGGAACCUGCAGCUUCUGAACCAGGAAGAGGAACAGGUUCGGCGGCGAUGGCCGCGGUGCUGCUGCACGUUCUUGGCGCCUUCAGGCCUGGAGAUGCGGGGAACCGCGGCGGUCCCAGGAAUGCCGAAAGCCCCGGGACCGCUGGAAGUCUCGGGAAUAAUAGAAACCCCAGUGGUUUGGGGGAUUCUGCGAACACACCACCCUGCGAUCCCAGGAGUUCUGUUGAUACUGUGAAGACUGGAGAUUUCACGAACAUUAGAAGUUCGGGGAACUCUGAAGAUCCCAGGAAUGUUGGAGAUUCCAAGAUUGCUGUAGAUCCCGGGAAAGCCGUAGAUUCCAGAGACAAUGGAGACGCCAGGACUACUAUAAACUCCGGGAACACUGAAGAUCCCGGCAAUGCUGUAAACCUCGGGAAUACUGAAGAUCCGGAGAAGACUGUAGGUCCCGGUGAAGCUGAGGGUCCCGUGAGUUCGGUGGAUCCCGGGAUCUGGGGCGGCUCGGACAUGGGGGGCUGCCUGUUGCUGGGGACCAGGUCCCAGGCCAAGACCUGGCUACUGUUCCAGGCGGCCGCCGCGGUGGCGGGCCGAGACGGGGGGCGGGUGCUCCUACUCGCCCCCCGCCCGGUACGGGCGCUGCCCGCCCCCCUGCUGCAGCUGGAGCCCCCCGGCCUGCGACGACUGCAGUUGGUGUACCCCCGCUCGGCCCGGCAGCUGCUGCACGCCGUGGCCUCCAUACACGAAAGUCCGGCCAGGCCGCCCGCCCUCAUCCUUCUGGACGGCGCCGACGAGUUCCUGCGGGGGGACCGGGACGUGGGCGGAGAGGCGGCCCUGCUCGCUGCCCUGCUGCGGGACACUGCGGCCUGGGCCAACGGGAGGCAUUCCCCCAGCACCCAGUGCCAGGUCAUUGUAACCCUGCAGACUCUAACUCAAAUGGAGAAUACUGCCGAUCUGGGCCUCCAAGUGUUGGAGCGUUACUUCUCAGUGAAGUGUAUGGUGAACGAGCAACAGUGUCACGUGGAAGGGGCUCAAAGUUACCUCGUUUCUUUCUCUGGACUGGUGAAGAAGGAGAUUGGAGGGGUGCAUGUUCCUCAAAUCAAGAAGGACUACACCUGGGAACUGCUUUUUGAGGGUGAUAAUAUUUCAGGAAUCCAUCGUGUAAGAAGGGAAGAGAGGGAACGUGAAGUAGUCCAGGACAAGUGAGGACAGCAGGAAGGAUCGUUCGACUGAUUGAUGGCCAAUUUUCAAAUGUGAGAGCAUUCAAGACACAUUUGACAUUUUCUAUUUUAGUGCCCAACUCCACAUUGAGGACCGAUGCUGUCUUUGUUGCCACUGUUCCAUUUGUAAAAGAGACAGUUUACUAAGGUACUUAGCGCAUAGUAAAGGUGCCAGGUAUUUAACAAGACAAUAGAUAUGUUCGUCAUUAAUGUGUUGGUAAUAGUAAAACAAAAUGUCACCCUGCUAAUGGGUAUCAGGUAAGAGAGUGUGGGAGACACUCAUCUGGUUAGGAGAGAAAAUAGCACUAUUAACAUUUCAGGAUGAUGUCUUUCUGUCUUUAUUCUCAAAGUACCGGUGGUGUCCAAACUGUGUUGGAUUUUGUGAUUCGGCUAGGAGGUCCGAAGAGUGAAAAUCUUCAGUGGAUCAGUUACCAUUGCCAACUUGUGUAUAAAGUUGACUACUAUAGUAUACAACCUUUCUAACCCAACAAAGACAAUUCCCGGCAGAUACGCCAUGGCAAGCCUUUAGACUGAGACCAAAGUUGCAAGUGAAGUUUGGAGGGCAAAGAUCCUCAACACCAGAAAAUGCAAGAGUUCAGAAAGAAAGAGUUUAAUGUUUCAAGGCAAAGACUGGAAAAGAAAAAAAAGUCAGUUCAUUUUAUGCGGCAGAGGGAGAGAUGUACAAUAUAGGUAUCACAACAUGCUGUGUGUUUCCAGCAGUUUUUGUUUGAGUUUUAGAUUUCCUUUGGAUAGUCUUGACUGCUCGAGUGACUAAUCAGACAAUGUAUUCCAAUAGGAUGAGCUUUAGGAAAGAGGCUUCCAUCUCCACAUUAGUUAAUAACAAUAUCGUUAAUCACAGCCAAAAGGGAAAUCUUAAUGGCUCUAAUGGUCAGAGGCAAAAUAAAACAGGUCGCAAACAGGCUCAAUGCUAGAGAUCACAGCUUCUGCUACAGAGCACACAGAGGGGCUUAUUUAUCUGCCCUCCCGCAGUUCUUUUCAAUUUUACUUAUAAGCGCUGAAUAAAGAAAUAUUUAUUUUAUGAUUACAGUCCUGCCUUUAACUUCACCACAAGCCAUGUUGGAAAACCGAGGCCCAAAAUCCUCACCUCGGGGAUAAUUAAUCUGCUUUGAAGUCUUUUGGCACAAGCUAUGUAUUUCUUUACGUGAUCAAGAAAGGUUUGGACAGGACAGUUUUCCUCUUCAGGAAGGGUCGUAUUCAUCACAAUUUCCUGUUGCUGCCAGAUUGAUCUCCAUUUGGAAAUGUUUAUAAGUAUCAGUUCAGUAAAUAUUCAAGUUUUUCUAUAACAGCCCCAGGACUGACUGGUUGCUAAUGUACGGUGUUCAGACAGAAACAUUGGUCAGAUACUGAGGAUGGGUCCAGUCUCUGUAUUCAAAAAGAGCAGCUGCCAUUGAAGGAUAUGGUAACCAUUUCUUUUAAGAGAGGUUUAAAAGAAACCAAUUGAGUUUUAUUUUUCAAGCCAGUUUGAAGAAUUAUUUCUUGAUGUUGCCUUUUAUACUACCUUGGAAUAAAAAAUAACUUUUUU